GGGAUCCUGCAGCGCCAGGGCCCGGGCCGGUGCUCUUUGCCCCGGGCCGGGCGCUCGGCUCGCCCACGACGGCACUGGGCAUGCUCAGAGGCGGCGGCGGGGGCAGCUGCGCUCCGGCUGGGCUCGCAGUUGGCGGCGGGCGGGCUGGCGCACGGCUGCAGCUGGAGCUCGGGCGCCGGGAGUUGGAGUUGCCGGAGUUUCCCCCGGACCCCCGGUCCUCGCGCGCCGCAGCAGAAGCCCACGCGGGAGGCGCGAGCCGUCGCCAGCCAGCAGCCCGGCCGGCCCAGCCUGGUCCGGAGCCCCGAGCCCCCGCGCUGGGCAGCCCCCGGGAAGGACUGUCGCGGGUUGGGACGCGUGCGGCGCGCUGGCACCGCCGGGACACGAGCCGAGCUGCACGAAACUUUACCGCGUGUCCUCCUCACUUGUUCUACGAUGAGUGCCAAAUCUGCCAUCAGCAAGGAAAUUUUUGCACCUCUUGAUGAGAGAAUGCUGGGAGCUGUCCAAGUCAAGAGGAGGACGAAGAAAAAGAUUCCUUUCUUGGCAACUGGGGGUCAAGGCGAAUAUUUAACUUAUAUCUGCCUGUCAGUGACGAACAAGAAACCCACACAGGUAUCUAUCACGAAGGUCAAACAGUUUGAGGGCUCCACAUCAUUUGUUCGAAGAUCCCAGUGGAUGCUCGAGCAGCUUCGCCAGGUUAAUGGUAUUGAUCCUAAUCGGGAUUCUGCAGAGUUCGAUUUGUUGUUUGAAAAUGCUUUUGACCAGUGGGUAGCCAGCACAGCCUCAGAAAAGUGCACCUUCUUCCAGAUCCUGCACCACACCUGCCAGAGGCACCUCACAGACAGGAAGCCAGAGUUUAUUAACUGCCAAUCCAAGAUCAUGGGAGGAAACAGCAUCCUCCAUUCAGCCGCCGAUAGUGUGACCAGUGCAGUACAGAAGGCAAGCCAGGCCUUGAAUGAGCGCGGGGAGCGGUUAGGCCGAGCAGAGGAGAAGACAGAAGACAUGAAGAACAGCGCCCAGCAGUUUGCAGAAACUGCACACAAGCUUGCCAUGAAGCACAAAUGUUAAAAAACUGCCUAUCCUGAUGAACCUCAAAAGAAAUGGAAGAGUUUGUUCAGCAGUUUUUACAAGAAUUCCGGACCUCUGCUUGUUUGUGUGGAUUUUUUCCAAUAUAUGGACCUUGAGGGGUUUUGGUUUUUCAUUUCCAGAUGUUAAUAUGAAUGAAAAGAUGUUGCGUUUAUACAUUUCCCUAAUAAUCUUACAGAGAAGUGUUACAAUACCAUCAACUUUGUUUUUGUUUUUCUGUGUGUGUGCGCGUGUGUAUGUGUGUGUUUGCAAGAGAGAGAGAGAGAGAGAGAGAGAGAGAGAGAGAGUUUUCCUUUUCAGAGAAUUUUUUUGUAGUUUGAAUAUGAUGAAAUUUGGACCAAAUGAUAAACUGAAUAUGGUCUAAACUAGCAACAUUUUUUGUUUCUUUGUCUUUGAUCCUAAGCAACAAAACAGCUCAGUGUGGUGACUUCAGAGGCUGUUCCUGGAUAAAACUAAAAGCUCACUCCUGUAGUGCUUUUAAUUUGAAGAGCAGCAUUAAAAUCGUGUAUCCUGAGACCUAAGUCUGUAUUAUGGAAAAUACUUGGAUUUAUCAGGGAAAAUUAACAGGCUUAGAUUCUGCUUUUUGCACAUUAAUCUUUCUGCAUGAAGCAUCACUCGCAUUCAGAACAAAUCAGAAUGACAAAUAGAAACCCACUUUCUGGGCUGCAGCUUAAACAUUUCUGCUGCUUCUUUCCAGUCUGAUUAGUUGGAAUAUCACACGAAGGAUAAAAAUGUGAGCAUAGAAACCUAAAGGAAAGCCCACUUUAGAACCUCUGUGUCUUCACAGUUUCUUGCUUGUCAUUGUCACAGUAGCUGAUGGGGGGGGGCUUAGUUCUUUAUCAAAAAAUGAUUUGUUGAGGACCAGAGAGAUGGCUCAGUGAGUAAAGGCUUUUUCAGCACAAAGUUGGUGGCCCGAGUUCAAUCCCUGGAAUCCAUGCCAGGGUAGAGGGGACACACCAACUGCACAAAGUUGUCCUCUGACUUCCCCAUAUGUGGUGGCACACAAGCACCCACAUGCACAUAUCUUAUACAAAACAUGCAUAGAACAACAAUGCUAACAAAAUAACGUAAAAUAAAUAAUGAUCCAUCUAGAUAAAGGUCCAUGUAAAUUAUAAUGUGAAAAAGGACAUAUUUAAAUUUUCCUUCUCUUUUACAAAGCCAUGCCCAAUUUACAGACAUUUUCAUGGUAUCCUCGAACAGGGGCCUUCAGUUUCUUGACACCUGGUUUUGGAUUGGAUACUGUUUUGUUUCCAUUUAUUUCAUAUCAUUUAAUAGUGUUUCUCAACAAAUUACAUGCUUGUCAAUUCAAACAGCACAGUUACAAAGCCUUUAUAUCGUAAGCAUGAAUAGAGUUGGUUCUGUACCUUUGAAGUGUGUGUUGCUCAAGAUAAUACUGGAUUUAGAAUCUACAAGUUUUGUUUCCCAGAAGGUUAAGAUACUACACAUUACAAAAUCUUGCUUGUUCCUCAGAACUGCGAGAUGAGCUGUCCGUACCGCACUGUCAGCCUCUGACUACAGGGCUUGGAGCCUCCUGAGUCUCCCAGGACCCCUUUCUGUUCCUUCCUGUCCACUGAUCCAACAGUUUAUGUGUAGCAUAACCUCUUACAUAGCAGUGUAAGGUGACUUUUCGAUUAUUAAUGCUGAUUUAAAUAGCUUAGGUUCUCCUAAUAAAGUAUCCCUGGGAAAGAGAACAUCUAUCUACUGAAAAAUCACAGGUGUAAUGUCAGAAGGACGGGAUCUUCUGGAGACUUUCUUGGACUGAUAAUCCUGUUGAAAAAUAUGCUAUAAAAUGUAUAUGGUGGACUAGGAAUGUUUGUUAUAAUAUCUUCUACUUUUCCCUUGGUGUCUUACACCAUGCCCUGUACUAAGUACUAUUCAAAGCGUCUGGUUUCUAAGAAAAGACCCUCAAUUAUCACUCCAAAUUGAUUUUGUUUGCAGACUUAAGCUCACAAAACACGCAUAUACACAGAUAUAUAUUCUUCUUCCAAAACUGGAUUCUGGUUUCAAGGAGUCGGUAUAAAUAACUGAAAGACUAAGUCCAUCUCCCCUCUGACAAUAGGUCAAAGUCAAGAAUACAGUUGGUUGCCAACUGUGGAACAGCAGUGUUUGGGAAGCUGCUUCUGAAGUAGCAGGGGACGAGGUCAUGAGCGUACUGUGAAAUCCGUGAGUCUUCCUCCUUGGCAGACUUCUUAGAAUUAACCUUCAGAAACAUCCACACUCUCUGUUGAUCAUUUUCAGCCUAAGUCUUAUCAGGAACAUCCUGAAUUAGAAGAAAGCCCAUCUGCCACAUUAUUAGCUUUCUCUAUUUAUUAGCUUCCAGGCCAUGGUCAUGCCCUUGUCCUAUGGUGAGACCUGUUUGGCCGCCACAAAACACAGGGGCCAUAAUAGCAAUUUCCUGUCCCUCGACAACGGCCCAGCCUCUUACAGAGAAGCCCCUGAUAACACAUGUAAAAUUCUUUGCUAUCUUUUUGUAGAAGGUGCUGCAAUACAAAAUAUUAAUAUAGUCUAACCUACCAAAAAUUGCUAAAAUGACUCAUACCAUUUGGGACCAACUCAUUUGAGCUUGCUAGAAGACAUUUAAUUUAUUCAUUUAACCUCCGCACUUCAGUAUGAAUUCUGGAGAUACCGUCGUUUCUGAAGGACUUUGUAAAUUGUAUGGACAGUGCUUAAAGAAAGGAAAUUCCAGUGUUACUGCUUCUCCUGGAAUGUAGCUAUAGUGUUCUUCUCUAGAAUUAUUAGAUAUCCGUGUACAAGAAGGUCUGCGGUCAUUCAGGCUGAUGUUUCAUUUUAAAGAUUGUAUUUGUAAAAUGUAACAAGAUCAGUAGUUAACUUUUGUAAGGUCUGAUAAAAUUAAGAUUCUGUAUUAGACUUAAAAUUAUCGUGAAAUCUGUCUUAAUAUUAUUGUGACUAGCAAAGGUUAUUACACAUUUAUGUAAAAACAUUUACAGAAUGCCCUAAAUAAGAGCUAUCAUUAAAGAUAGGUUUCAUUCUUCAUUUUCAGAAUCGUAACACUGCUAAUAUGUGUUGUACAGUUAUUAAUUCCUCAGAAGUUCUCUAAGAUGUCGGGCAUAAUUUUUGCUUGAUUCAGAGACAAGUAACACCUGCUCUGUUGGUUCAACUAUAACAGCAAACUCGAAUUUUGUCAAUAAAUAUUUCAAUCCUGUGGUGAAA